AUGUCGCAGACAAUCACAUCCUUAGAUCCGAACUGUGUUAUUGUAUUCAAUAAGAUUUCAAGCGCUAACGAGAAAAGUUUGCGUGCGGAAUUUAAGCGUUUGCAUAUUGAUUCUAUUAUCAAACCUGGCCAUGAUUUGAAGACAAAUUAUGCUUUCAUUAAGAUCCAUCAGGAUAAAGCCAAGUCACUGUUUUCAUCCCUCAAGAACUUGGGCUUUAUUGAAUCUAUCAUACCAUUUCAUGAUACUGAAUUGUCCAGUAAUUUGCAUAAACUUGUUUCUAAAGACAAAACAAAAUUACUGGAAACUCCAAAACAGUACGAAUUAUACAAUUUGUCGAAUUUGACCAACAACCCCAAAGAAUCCUUAUAUUUUGCAUUCUUACAAAACUACAUAAAAUGGUUGAUUCCAUUUUCGUUUUUUGGAUUAUCGAUCCGAUUCUUAUCCAAUUUCACAUAUGAAUUCAAUUCCACUUAUUCAUUGUUUACUAUGAUAUGGACUCUGUUAUUUGCGGCUUUCUGGCUUUAUAAAUACGAACCAUUUUGGUCGGAUAGAUUGAGUCAAUACACCUCAUUUUCGACCAUUGAGUUCCUUCGCGACAAAAAAAACGUUGGAGGAAAUUCUGGCUCAACUACCAUGUUGAAAAAAUGUUGUUUUAUACCAGUGGCUUUGCUUUUUGGUGUUGUAUUGGUAUCAUUCCAGUUGUUUUGUUUUGCAUUAGAAAUUUUUAUCAAGCAAAUUUAUAACGGCCCAAUGGUGUCUGUUUUGUCAUUCUUGCCCACAAUACUAAUUUCUGCGUUCAUCCCAGUUUUAACUAUGGUCUACAAUAAAUAUUUUGUGGAACCAAUGACAAAUUGGGAAAACCAUACCAGUGCAAUGAGUGCAAAGAAAUCCAAAGAGGCUAAGAAUUUUGUCAUUAUCUUUUUAUCUAGUUAUGUUCCAUUGUUGAUAACUUUAUUCCUUUAUCUGCCAAUGGGCCAUCUAUUAACCGCCRAAAUAAGAGCCAAAUUUUUCAGUACUAUCUCGAUCUUAGCUUGUUUGCCUACGCAUGAUUCGGAUUUUGUUAUUGACACAAAGCGUUAUGAAGCCCAAUUUUUCUACUUUAUCGUUAUCAACCAAGUGAUUCAAUUCAGUCUAGAAAAUUUUGUUCCAAGCCUUGUCAAUAUUGCAAUGAACAAAAUCAAUGGACCAAACCCUGAGCUUGUGAAAGCCGAAAAUGAAAUCAGUAAAGACCAACUGAGCCCAUCAGACAUGAGAAUUUGGUCAAAGGUUAAAUCGUACGAGACAGAUCCAUGGGGAGUCACAUUCGACUUGGAUGCAAAUUUCAGAAAGAUCAUAUUACAGUUCGGUUAUCUUGUUAUGUUUUCUACUAUUUGGCCAUUGGCCCCAUUCAUAUGUUUGGUGGUCAAUUUGAUAGUUUAUCAAAUCGAUUUAAGGAAAGCCGUUCUUUACAGCAAACCAGAGUAUUUCCCAUUCCCAAUUGACGAUAUGUCAUCUUCUGUCUCUGUUACCAAAAAAUUGACUGUUGGUCUAUGGAACUCUGUUUUGGUUAUUUUCGCGGUCGUAGGUUCUGUCAUCACAGCCACUUUAACUUACAUGUAUGAAGACUGCAACUUACCAGAUGUCGGCGCACACACUUCAAUCCAUAUGAGUAAGCUUUGGUAUUUGGCAAAUCCAAUCAAGCAUUCGUGGGUGAGUAUUGUACUACAUGCCGUUUUAAUUGAACAUGCCAGUGUUGCCGUUUUCUUCCUUUUCUCUAAUAUUCUAAAAUCUUCCCGGGAUAAUGUUUCCAACGGAAUCGUGCCAACUAAUAUAACGAAGACGGAAAAAUUAUCAAAACAAGAAGAUUUUGACUACACUCCUGUUGUCAAAUCCAGUCCUGAUAAUGAAAAUGAGCUGACCCAAAGAAGAGGACCUACCCAGGAUUACGUGUCCCAUGAAAUCAAUGAGAAACAGCCUAUCUCUCUUGCAAAUGGAGUUGAAAGACGGGGUACCGGCCAGUCUAAGAAUGGUCCUUCCAUUCUUCCCCCAUCACCACCUUCUUCUUCUUCUUCGUCUUCUUCUUCCGGUGCAGGCGCUGUCGAUUCUGGCAAUAGUGAUAAAAUUGGAGUUACUAAUGAAAAAUCAGUGGCCAUAGAAAACAACGAAAAAGGAACCGCUUUGGCUAAAGUGCCAACUGUUGGGUCAUACGGUGUUGCAGGCGCCACUCUACCUGAAACAAUACCAACUUCGAAAAACUAUAAUUUAAGAUUUGACGAAGACGGUAAUUCCAUCAAAGAUGGGAAAUCUAGUGGGGAAACCUCGAACUUAACCGACACGAACGCGGUAGACAGCGAGAGCAAAUUCAAUGCAAACGUCAAUGCUCCUGAUGCAUUCAGCAGAAAAAUCGAUCAAAUACCCAAAAUUGCUGUUACGCAUGGUGAAGAUAACUCUCAAGUUGAAAACGAUGUUGCCAUGGCUGACCCGGUAAAUGCCAAUGGGGCCAUCAAACCGGUUCUCAGCACAGGCGUUACUGAUGACCAUUCGAGGGCUUCCGUGACUACCGAGCAAACGAAGAAUUCUAUGUUAAACAAUAAGAAUGGCCCAGUAAGAUCUAUUUCUACGAAGGAAACCAAAGAAUCUACAAGACCAUCAAACAACAGUGCUACUGAUGCCGCUCACCACCAUCACCAUCACCGUCACCAUCGCGAUGCUGGAGUGAAGAACGCCACGAACAAUUCCAAGGCAGCUGAAUCUUCAUCUUCUUCAUCAGCGACAAAAGAAAAACCAAAACGCAAAAAGGGGCUGCUGCAUAAAUUGAAAAAGAAAUUAUGA